CCAAGCUAAGCUGCGCUUUUUGGUUUUGGGCUGGGUGUGCCUCGGCAGUGUGUCGAGAACGCGUGAGCGGCCAACACGUAAACGACGCGUUGUGCGCUGCCCCUAAAAAAAAAAUAAAAUACAAAAAUCAGUUAUAACUAAAUGAGAAAAAGCCAAAGCGAGAGCGGCGCUACCAACAAAAACAACGAGAACAGCAGCAGCAGUCGUGCCGCAACAGUUCAAGUGUGAAUUGUUAUUGAGGUUAUGUAAGCGGCAAGCAAAACCAAACGCAAACGUAACUCACAAAAAAAAACACAAAACGUAGUCAGUUAGUUUGCUAAGCGAAACACGUUCAAUUAAAACAAUUCCAAAUACGCGUCAAUCACACACACAGACACACAAACACAACUCACGCGCAAACUCGCACAUUCCUAAGCCAAUGGAGCACGAGGCCAAAGCGCAGGCGCAGACUUCGUCGGCAACGUCGACGUCGACGCCAACGUCACAUCCACUGCAGGAUGUGCCGUUGAAUGGAGCUGAUGACGUACAACCGACGCCCAAAAAUUGGGUUAAAUUCGACGACGACACCGACAUCAGUGAAAAAAAUAAUAACAGUAACGGUGGCGACGGCAGCGGUAGCGGCGAUGGAGACAGCAGUGCCACACAGCAGCAACAACAACAACAACAAAACAAGUUGUCGCUGCCGCCACCACCACCAUCAGUGGUGAGCAGCAACAACAACAGACGCGCGCGCUCGCGCAGUCCCAAUGACCAGUCAACAGCAGCAGUCGCCGCAGCUCCAAUACCUGUGCAGCGGACUGCAGUUUCCUCCACAACAGCUGGCACAUUGUCGUCGUCGUCGUUGCCGGAUGUGACGCCCGCUGUUUUGACAACUGAGAGUACGCACGUUAAUCUCAAUGCAUCCGGCAGCGGCAGUGGCAGCAGCAGCAACAGUCCUCCUCGUCACUCACAGCAGCUAAUAAACCAAAAAGCAUCUGCAGCAUCGUCUACAUCGACCGCAACAACAUCAGCGUUAGCCUCAGUCUCAUCAUCGCAGGCUGCUCCAUCUCUGUCCUCGUCCACUCAUCCAAAUAGCGGGGCAUCUAACAAUGGCAGCGCUAAUGCUCAUGGUAAAAGCGUCAGCAUUCCUGUGGAUCAGGCCUCGGGAAUGCGCACAAUUGAGCUGUCAACGGGUCGCAUUCGUGAAGGAUUUGCUAACGGAGAUGUGAUUGUCACCCUGUUGCCGGCCAACACCAAAUGGCCUUGGAUAACUCCCGCCAUAUUCCGUCCCGAGCUAGUUCCAGAAGAGCUGAUGGCUCAGGGUCUGACGCUCACUGUGGAGGACUAUGUGAAUGCAAUGGAGACGCUGGUCAAUGACUAUCGCUUCACGGUGUACAACAUUUGCUAUAAGCGGAUCCUUGUCUGUUGGAUACUGUUUGCGUUCGCCGUGCUGCUGGCGCUGCUCUUCUCAGGGCUGCAGGGCGUGGCAUUGUUUGCUCUCGGCGUCGGCUGGCUCUUCCUUAAUGCGGCGGCCAUCUUCCUGUGCAUGUGGAUGAAGCUGCGACUGUCGCGUGGUUUGGAAAAGUGCCUGGCACGCGUGAACAAGCAGCUGAUGAGACAUAAGAUUCUACUGGUACUGGACGAUCGUGGUCGCAUCUCCUGCCACAAGGUCAACCUGUGUUUCAUGUACUUCGAUGCCACGCAAUGUGUGAGCUUCCUUAACGAAUUCCUCGAGCACACCGAACAGAAUGGCGGCGAAGCCAUCAAGGCUGGCUGGGAGGCGAAGUUGGACAUUGAUGUGAACGAUAUCGUUAUCCAGGGCAGUCAGCCAGUGCGUCUCUCUCGCAAGCAGGAACGUGGUCUUCAACUAUACCUGCGCUAUGGCUCCCGCUGGGGCAUGGAAGCAUUGCGGGGAUUGGUCGAUGUAACUCCUCUGGAGCCAGGACGCCAUUGCGGCCAAUUCCAGUGUCCCUGUCAGUAUAUUAAGGAGCAUUUGCAGUGCAAACCACGAGUAUCCGUAAACAGCAUGGGACAAGUAGUUUGGACACGUUUUCCCAUUUUUGGUGGCUAAUGAGAUUUUACCAAAAAGAAAAAAUUCCAUUAAGAACCAAGAAAAUUUAUUAAAUCCACUACUAAGCUAUUUCGAUUAUAAAAUUACUUAAAUUAUACAUUACAAACUUGUAUUUUGUUUUGUAAUUGCCUUUUUCGAAUUUAACUUUGUAUCUAUUUUGGUAUCAUUUGAAUAAACAUCGUAUUUGUUGUAAUAUAUUGUUGUUUGUAAUUAUGUUGUAUGUUUUCUUGCCUUACGUGUUUAUCAUUAUUAUUUAAUAUUUUCUUCCCGGUGUUUUUCAUUGAACGCCUUUUACAGGUUAUCCAUGUUCUUGCAUUGUCUAUGGUUCGGAUCCCAAUUUUCAAUUUCGAUACUAGUUCUGUACUUCCCAUAUCUCUCUGUGUCUCGAUUGGCAUUUCAUCAUAAUACACACAUCAGAUAAAUUUACAUUAUUUAAUCAAUGUUUUAGACUUGUGCAAUUUAGUUUAUUUUAUAUGCAAUGUUAACUUUUAUUUUAAUAAAGUUUUGAAUUAUGAUUUAUAA